AUGGAUGUGAUGAGAGGUGCUGUUGGAGGCAUGGGAUAUGGGACCAUCGGGCAGAAGAUGGUGGACACCUUUGUAGAUGAAUGCAUUGCCGCAGGGCUGAAGAUUGCGGACUGCGCUGGUCACCGUCCGAACGGUGGGAGUCCAGCUGAAAGCCGGCAGUUGGAGGACGCUGCCAUCAGAGCAAUGAAAGAUUUCUUCUUCAAGGAGGUCCUUGCCCUGUGGUAUUACAAUGCGCAUAUUGUUCGACAGAUUCUCAGUGCAUUCCCCCCCCUGGAAUACCUUGUUCUACCGGACUUUCUGCACCUUCCGUUUCUGACAAGGAUGAAAUAUUUCUUUCCAGCAUGUACUGAUCUUGACGAUGAGUUGUCUCCAUUCGGCCCGGUCAGCUUCUCCCCCCCGCAGAUGUUGCAAACUCUUGGGAUUUCGUAUAGGGAGAAUGGCCGUCGAUACUCGGACAUUAUGGCGUCUGUCAAGGCGGUGGAUAUUUUCUCAGGACACUAUAACCCGAUCUUGGCACUGUUCAGUCGCAGGUCUGAUCGUCUGCCCGCUGGCCUGCUGUCGCUGCUGAUAUUCAACCGUUGGUGCAAUGGAAAUCGUUCCGAAAUUGGAACUGAUGUUAUUGAGAGGUUGAGGAAUCACGUUGACAAGGCAGUUUCUCAUAUACCAGAUAGAAAGAAGCCCAGGCUAUUUGAUGUACAACACAUGAGGGGUGUGAUGGAUGAAAUGUAUGAGGACUGGUUGUCAUGA